UACGUCUCCUGUGUUUUCUGUCAGGCGGCUGAGGCGGACAGCCCCGUGCCUGGGGUCCUCUAGCUCCACGUCUCCAUCGAGGAGGGGCGGCUGUGGGACUGGGAUCCCCGGGUGGACAGUUACACCAGGACAGCCCGAUUCCUUCCCCGGCCCUAGGGGGAGGUGGUGGCUCCGCUGUUGGUCAGCGGGUCAUGUUGUAAUACUUCCUUCAGCUGUUAUACCAGUAGUUCAGGAUGUCAUGGUUGGUUGAGCUUGCAGGGAAGGCAGAAGACUUCUUGAAUAAAGUGGACCAGGGGGCAGCAGCAGCAUUGUUAACUACUCCUAUUGAAAAUGUGACUACAACACAAACAUUCAGCAAUGAAGCUGGAUCUUCCAAUCAGUACUCUACCUUGAAUGAGCCGAGUAGUAAAUCUGAUCACCAAGCUCACCCUAGUAUUAGUUACGUCUCUUCUGCUGCUGGUAACAUUAAGAGACAAAAGGCCACCCUCCUUGCUGGAGCUUCGAAUGCAUCCUCUUCAUCACGGACCUUUGAAGCUACAGCCAGUGCAACUGCAAGCUCGUCUCAUAGCAGACCCUCAACACAGUUUGUCAGACCAAAAAAGACUGAACCAGAUGAUGACCAACUCUUUGAUUUCUUAAACAGUUCAGAAAAAUCAUUAAAUGGCAGAACCGACAACAAACGGGAGAUAUCAAAGCCUUCCACACCAAAAGGUCAUUCCCGAACUUCCAGUCUCAGUUCAGCAUCCACUUGCACCAUUAACAUGAAGCCAAUAGAAGCAAGCACUGUCAAGGAUGACUCUACUGGCAGACUUGGUGCCUCAGAAAGCUCUAGGGUGAGCCAAGAUGCCCAAAUAGAGCCUUCAAAAGAGCAACCACCAAGUAUUACAGCUAACAGAAAUUUAACAGCUAAAGAUGAGAGUCAGUCACUUGAGCUAUCGAAUCUUCGGCUUGAGAACCAGCUACUGCGGAGUGAAGUUUCCUCCUUGAACCAAGAAAUGGCUUCGGUGAUUGAGAGAUCAAAGCAAACGCAAGAAGAGCUAAAUAAAGCCAGGAAACAGAUUGAGAAAUGGAAUACAGAAAACUCCAAGUCUGACAAGAUAGGUAGGGAACUGCGUUCCCAGAUUGAUGAUCUGAACGAGGUGCUGGGUGCCAAGGAUUCUCAGCUGGCUGUGCUCAAAGUGAGACUGGAAGAGGCAGAUCAGCUUCUGAGGACACGUAAUGAAGCAUUGGAGCUCCUGCAGAAUGAAAGAAACAGGAUAGGAUUUUUGGGAUCCUGCGGACAAGCUGAGCUUGCUCAGAGCAAGGCCAAGAUCAGAGAGAAUCUAGAGAAAAAUGUAAGCUUUGGACUAAGGGCAGUGGCAACUGAAACAUGUCUUUUGUCUUCUGUUCAGAAUGAAUUUGCAGCUAGACUCAAUAAGGUGGAACUUGAACGCCAAAGUCUUGCAGAAACACUGACUGCAUCUGAGAGAAAGGUGAUUGAAGAGAAGAAGAGGGCAGAUGAUCAACAGCAACAGCUCAAAACUGUUAAGACCAGCUUGGAUUUGGCUAAACAGGAACUAAUGGACUACAAGCAAAAGGCUACCAGAAUUCUUCAGUCCAAAGAGAAAUUGAUUAACAGCCUGAAAGAAGGUUCUGGAAUCGAAGGUUUAGAAAGCCAUGCUGUCAGCACCAUGGAACUGGAAGAACUACGGCAUGAACGUGACAUGCAACGUGAAGAAGUCCAAAAACUGCUGGGUCACAUCCAGCAGCUGAGGGUGGAAUUACAGGAUACAGAGACACAGCAAUUGGGUGAGGCAGAGUCAUCCAGGGAACAAAUACUAGAACUACAAGAACAAAUCAACACACUAACAGGAACCAAAAAGGAGCUGGAGGCCGAACUGGACCGACAAAAACAGGAGUUUCAGUAUGUUGAAGAGGAACUACACAGGACAAAAAACACACUGCACUCCAGAAUCAAGGACCGAGAGGAGGAAAUUCAGAAGCUUCGGAACCAGCUCACCAACAAAGCUAUGAGUAAUAGCCACACUGAACUAGAAAACCGACUUCACCAAUUGACUGAGACUUUGAUCCAGAAACAGACCAUGCUGGAGGCUCUCAGUACAGAGAAGAACUCACUUGUCUUCCAAUUGGAACGCCUUGAGCAGCAGCUCAAGAGUGUACAGGGAAGCAAUGUUAAUGGCCCUGCUGUUAAUGUAUCAUUAUUGGAAAACAAUGAAGGUGCUCGUAUGAGGAACGUUCCAGUUCUUUUCAGUGAAACAGACAGUCCUACUGCAGGAAUGUAUGGGAAAGUCCGAAAAGCAGCAAAUACAAUAGACCGAUUCAGCAUCCGGUUAGGAAUUUUUCUGAGGCGAUAUCCAAUUGCAAGGGUAUUUGUAAUUAUUUAUAUGGCACUGCUGCACUUCUGGGUAAUGAUAGUACUUCUGACGUACACACCAGAGAUACACCAUGGUUCCUCGCGACCUGACGGUCAAUGAAAAGAAGUAACCAUGAGCACAUCAAUGUUGGAUCCAGAUCUUUAAAUAUAUUUAUGUAGCACAGGGCUACAUACCAAUAAGCCUGUAUAUACUGUAGAACUAGCAUAUGUUUACGAUCAUGAGAAUAAAUCAACUUUAAAAUAAGUUUAAUUCUCUUCUGCAUCUUAUCUUGGCAUUUUCCCACUCCCCUCUGAGUCUGUAUAUACAAUACAGUUAUGUAGUUAUAUUGAUGGACAUAUGACUUGAUUUGUGCAAUAUCUUUUAAUAAACUUAUUUCAAAAA